CUUAAUCAGCAAUUCCUCUUGAAAAAUUUUCCUCAAUGUGUGGUUUGUAAAUAUAUCCAAGAAAAAAUUGAGAGGUAGAAGGGAUUGCUCAGAAAAUUGGUAAAAGUUAAGAGUGGCAAAGAUGGGUGUUGAGAUUGAAUAUUAGUUAUAUGUUUUAUAUAUGGGAUAGGCAGAGUUUCUUAUUAAAGAUAUAAGCAGCAGAAUGAUAUUAUAAUUAGGUAUAUUUUAUGUUCAUUGUCAGAUUUUACAAAAAAAAAUCUCUUUAUAUAUUUUUUUCUUUAAAAUUAUUGAUUAACCUUCUGAUUUUGUGUCCAACUGUGUAUUUUUAUUGUAUAGUAAUAAUUUUAAAGGAAUGAAUCCUUUAAAAUUCAUCCCCCAUAUUUAUGGGUAAAGACUUAUUUCUAUUUGGUACUUACCUAUUAAGCUUCAUUUAAAAGCAUAGAGAAGUUCCGCGCAUUGGAAUUGAAAGUAUACUUAAAACUUAAUUUAUUUAAAUGUUUAAUUACUUUAUUUUAUAUUUUACGUUAUUCACGUUAAUUAGCUUUAAAAUGACAACAUUUUUAUUAAAAUGAAAACUGAGUUCUGAAUUUUAUUUUUAAUUUUGUUUUUGUAAGUAAUGUUUACUUUAAUAAAAUUUCAUUAUUUAUUUUGAAAGGUGCAUUUGUAAUCAAAACUGCAAUUAAUUCCGACCACAGUUUUUCUGAUAAGAGCCCCUUAUCUGUAAACCUGUGCAUGUUAUUGCCGGUCCUCGAUAGCGUCCAUUGAUCGAAAGCUUCUUAUUUGUACUUAAUUUUCAACGAAAUAAUUAACUAUUUACUAUACAAUGCACGCGGGAAACACACGAACAUUAUUCUAGUACGGUAUCAGCCCGCAAUGGAUUUCUGUCGAAGCGGUAAUUUCAUAACCAACCAAGUGGAAGGCUUCUUGCGCGCGCGCAACGGAGGGGCAUAACAUUCUCCCACUACCGCCAGUACCUUCGCCAACGACCGAAAGAGGCGCGCGUGUUCAUGUUCCAUUUACAAAUACAGAACUCGAAUUCGAAAUUUGUUUAUUUUGCUCGACAUAUAUUCGCUUGCCAGCAAUAAAUUAAUGGGACUUUAAUUUUUUUAAUCUGUGUAGUGUUAUUCAAGUGCGUGUAACAGUGAACGUAUGGGUUUUCUAAACAAUGUUGAUGUACGCGUAUGUCAUUGAAUGAAACGCUGGCGGGUUGCAAUCGGCGAAAAUGUGACUGUUAAGUCUUCGCACACGGUUUUACACGAAAUGGCUGUAAACGUUUAGUGUAAUGUUUAAAAUGCGGGAGUUUUCAAGGAUUACAUUAGUGUUGUUGGGAUUGCUCCUGGUGGGAGUGUUGUGCGAUGUGGAUGUGCCGGAGAGCCCGGAGGAAGCUGAGAGGGUCGUCAAAUCCAGCAUCUUGCCAGGCGUGCGCCGAGCAUCGCCGGUUUCUACCAGCAACGCGACCCGCGACUCCCACCUUCUCUCCGUGCUGGCCGCGAGGAGGAAGCAGCUCAAGAGUGGCCAAGCCGCCAUUUUGAGCGCGCUACCGGCGCUGGCGCAGGCUGCUAGAAAGGGCAAUACGACUUUCGCCAAGAUAGAAAUACGAGAUGCGAAUAAUGUGACUGUGAAGAGGCUGACAUUCGAAGCAACACCUCCAAACAAGCUGCUCACCACCGAUACCUUGAGAGAUAGGCAAGAUGUUAGGCCACACAUCUUUGUGCCUAAGUCUUUUCAGGAAAAUAGAAGUAGGCUCGUAUUUGACACCAAGAGACGAGACCUUCUAAACCCUAAUAAAAAUACCCCUGAACGAGUCACAGGAGGUUCUGUAGUCUAUGUCCCACCAGAAAAAUUAGAAGGUUUAGACAAAGAAGUAGAUUUAGACCCAGAAGAAGAAUUUCAAGUAGAUGAAUCAAAUCAUGGCCUUUAUUUGCUUAAUUAUUCUGAUACAGAAAAUGUUACACAAUCUCCAAUUUUAAAUAAAACUACGACUACAACAUCAAAAGAUAUCAAAGAAAAUACAACAAUCCAGGUUGAAACUAGUACUCUAUCCAGUAAUAAUACCAAGGAAAUUUUUAUUGAAGAACAACAAAAAGAUAGUAAUGAAGAUAAAACAGAGGCAAACACGAUUGCUAAUAGUACUGAUACUAAAAAUACACAACUUGUCAAAAUUGAUAAUGAAAAAGACAAGGAAAAUAACACCGUGUUUAUGUCAGAUGAAAUAAUAAAUCAUUUCAGGCAUCUAGAAUCCGAGUUAACUGUAGAGGAGAUGGCACCAUUUAUUUACUUUGGGCAGAAACUUGGAGGCCAGGUCAGCGACAAUUUAACGAAUUCUCCUUCAUUAUCAGCGUCGACCAAAUCAGUUAAUUUCAUAGCAGCGCCUUUAGAAAAACGGAAAUUUAAUUCACGAUAUUCUGCGACAGAGAAAUAUAGAAAUACAAGUGUUGAUGAAGAGGAAAUAAAUGAAGACAUGGACGUAUCAGUUGUCAAGAACACUAUUGAGAAAAAUAAAAUAAGGAAUACAGUAAAAGGGCCCGCACCCGCACGACACGUUGGCCUCGUAAAUGCUUACAGAAAAUAUUCCAGUUCAACGCCAGCAACAACCAAAUCACCGAAUAUUGCACAACUAAAUGUUACUGAUCCAAUUAUUUUAAAUGUAACUCCAAAUACUGUAGAUAAAAAUAGUAAUAAUACUAAUGCUACUAGUACAACGAAAGAAUCAUCUUUAAAUUUACCAAAUAAAAAUAACUCUACACAAUCUGUAAAAGAUAAUCCAAACAAAUUAAAUGUUACUUCUACCCCAAGAAAUUACACAAGAAGUUAUUUCAAUUUACGAAGACGGCCACCUCGAGUGACUGUUGUGUCUACUACAGAAAAUAUAAUUCCAACAGCCGUUAACACUACUACUGAAAAGGUUUCCACAUCUGUGUAUACAGCCGUUGUAACUUCGGUAUCUAUAACGUCUUCAAUGAAAGCAAAAAAUAGCACAGAUGGAGUUGAUACAGAUAAUAGUACUAUUUCUGAAAUAAAAGAAUCCGAUUUAAAUUCUACGGUACCCAAGCUAAUAUUGGCAAAUGAAACGGAAACUUCAACAAUGAGUUCGACAUCUGCUAGACCCUAUAAACACAGAAUUAGAAUAAGAACAACAACAACAGAAAGCAGCGUAAAUUUAAAUCCUAGUCCUUCGCCUAUAGUUUAUCGACCUUCUGAAUCUCCUCUUUCCAGUGAAAUACCAACGACUUCUCGAAUAUCUGAAAGAUUAGCUACAUUGCUGAGACAAAAUGUGUAUGAGACUCUGGCAAAUGGUAGUACUAUUCGACCGAAAAAUAUACUUCGAAGACGACGACCAACCACUACUACAACAACAACUACAACGACAACGACUCUAACUCCAUUUUCCCCCAUUUAUAUACCUAGUGAAAUUCCAGUUUCAUCAUCUUCACAAGGGACCUCUAGUAUCCUUCCAUCAAUCACUACAGAAGCAACACGUGACUCAACCGCACAAUUGAGUACUUCUACUUUUAGACCAUUUGUAGUUACUUCAAAAUCUUCAACUCAAUCAAAAUCAAAACCUGUCGUAGUACCAACAAGUACACAAUCUCCUGAAGCAAAAAAUACUACUAAAAAUGCAACAAAAGAGAGCGAAGAUGAUAAUUCUGUGACACAAAAUGAAGAAGUAGUUAUUGAAGCCGAGAAGAAUUACACUGCAUCAUAUGUAUUGGCUGGGUUAGGUUUCCUACCUGUCGGAGCUAUCAUAGCUUUUGUUUUAAGAAAUGUUCUCAAUAAGAAAACCAAAGAAAUCGAUACGGAGUACGAGGGAUACUUCGAUGACGGUGAGAUUAAGAAAGAGUCGCCCAUCACACCGGUAGCACGGCCACCGUUGCCAACGCCCUCCAAACCUGAUCAGAAAUGGGAGUUCCCUAGAAACAAGCUUAGAUUGCAGACUUUGUUGGGACAAGGAAACUUUGGACAGGUGUGGAAAGCAGAAGCAGAUGAUCUAAAUGGCCAUGAUGGUCUGACGCGGCUAGUAGCUGUCAAGACCAUCAAAGAGACAGCUUCGCAGAAGGAAAAACAGGAGCUCCUACACGAGAUCUACAUAAUGCAAAAGAUCGGGACUCAUCCCAAUGUGGUCACCAUAUUGGCAUGUUGCACAGAACAAGAACCAUACCUUCUAAUAAUGGAAUACGUAAUGUGUGGUAAGCUGCUAACUUACCUGCGUGAGCGCCGCUCCCGGCCCGACCGGUUCAGCGGCAGCGGCGCGCUCACCUCCCGCGAUCUCACCGUGUUCGCCUACUGCGUGGCUCGGGGCAUGGACUAUAUUGCUUCUAAAGGGAUCGUUCACCGCGACUUAGCAGCUCGCAACGUACUCGUAGACCACAACAAGCUCUGCAAGAUCGCCGACUUCGGCAUGUCGCGCGCGGCCGGCGCCUCAGCGCGGCCCGCGCGCUCGGCGCUGCCCGUGCGCUGGAUGGCGCCGGAGGCUCUGCUCUAUAAUGUGUACAGCCACCACACUGACGUCUGGGCCUUUGGGAUUCUACUGUGGGAGAUCGUUACUUUGGGUUCAACGCCGUACGCGGCCAUGUCCGGCCGCGAGGUGCUGGCCGCGGUGACGGAAGGCUACCGCCUGGAGCGGCCGCCGCACUGCAAGCCGCAGCUGUACCGCGCCAUGCACGCCUGCUGGCACGCCGACCCCUCGCAGCGACCCACCUUCGCAACCCUCAAGGCUCAACUAGCAGAACUACUGGACAACGAACCUUCGGAGGGAAACUACGUGGAUUUAGACUCGUUCUAUCAAGAAUCCUCAGUCUAUAGUGAUCCGUCGGCGAUCAUUAAUGAUGAUGAAGGCUUGUCGGCGGAGUAUGACAGAGAGAGGCGAUGUUUUAGAGAAUUGGGCAGCAAAGGCCCCGCUAAAUUCGAUAACCACGCCUUCAGUUUCCGGGACGAGGAACUCCGCAACAAGUUCGGCAUCGGGACUCCCCGCAUGGGCGGCUUCGGCAUCCGGGACGUCCCCUUCAACGAGAGGAACUUCUCCGACGGCGAGUUCAACGACCGCGCCUUCUCCGACAAGAGCUUCACCGACAAAAACUUCACCGACACCAACUUCGCCGAAAGAAAAGACGGGAAACUCUCUACCUCCAGUUUCCACCGAGAAAGGGAGAGGGAGAAUCCCCUCGUCAGUAGAAAUAGCUUUAAUGGUUUCCCGAGAAUCGGUACCAGGGACGGGCAUUUUCAGUUGACUCCCGACGGGAGAAACAAUAGGGUCUCGGAAUUCGAAUGUGACAUUUGAGAUUGUCGAUCGACUGAUUUUGAUAUUUGACUGUAGUCUAUCAAUACAAUUUUUGUUUAGAAAAUUGUUGUAAUUUUUUUUGGUUGCCAAGUGGAUUUUUUCUCAUUUAAUUUUAAACGUUCCGGCCACGUUUAGUAAUUAGAUAUAGAUCAGAUAGAGAUAUUUUAGUCGUCUGAUAAUAAUACACAAACACAUAUUUUUAAAUGUAUAAAGCUAAAAAAAUGGUACGUAAAAUUGCCAAAUAUAUGCACUGAUUGAUAAUAUUUUUUUCGCACAAGUGUGGUCAUAACAAAAAGUGUCGAUUUUCGUUCGAUUGCAUUGUAUUAGUAAAUCGAUAUAAAAAUUUGUAAAUAUUCCUUAAUUUAUGUCAGUUUUGAGUGGUGUAAUUAGGCAAUAACUUGUAAAUAGUGUAGAGUAAUAUUUUGUAUAUGUGAAGAUAUUGUAAUCUAGUAUUCAGAAUUAUUUAUCUAUAUUGUGGGUAUAAUGUCAUGGCCUCUCAUACUUUAAAUGUCGAAAAAGGUUAAUUUUGAAAAUUAGUAAGUUCCAACUUUUUAAUUGUUACCAAAUCGAUUCCUAGUAUGCAUCUACAAAAGAGAGAAAUUUUAUCAAAUUUUAGACAAAUAGCUUAUGUAUUUAACCUACAAAAGAAUAAUUUAGAUUUCUAUGGAGAUGCUUGUUCUACUCAAUUUGAAACUUAUUACGUAUUUUUUUCUACUUUUUCAUAUAAAAAUCGUCCACUUUUUCAUAUAAAAUAACUAUUGCAAAUGUAAGAAAUGCUUUUACCCAAUGAGUGGUCAAAAUACACUCUAUCCAUGAUGAGAUACGUCAUGUACCUAUAUUUAAUAUACUCGUAGGUACCUAUAUACAAUAGUUGGAUCAUAGUGGUGCUAACAUUCUGUUAUUGUAAAUAUCACAGUCUAUCUGCGUUACUUUCCGUUUCAAUCUCAGUUCAUUAUUACUUUCUAGUCUAAAAAAUUGUAUUAUAUUGCAUUAGU